UCCGACAAUGCCCCCAUCGCCGCCUCCGUCUUCUUCUAGCCUCCGUCUCCUCCUCCCUCCUCGCCCGUACUCACUUUUUCCCGGAGCCCUUUUUCCCAAACCCUCCGACCCCACCUCGAACCCAACCCACGCACCCACAGGAGCCGAGCCCACCCGAGCCCUCGAGAAGGACGCGUCGACGAUGGCGGCCGAGGGCGGCGGCGGGCAAGAGACGUUCGAGGCGCGGGUGAAGCGCCUGUUCGGGUCCCGCCUCUACGACGCCGUCCCGGACUCCUCCUUCCCGACGGCCUCCUGGUCCGUGGCCGCGGGCGACGUCGAGCGCCACCGCUGGGCGAAGCCGUCGGAGGCGCGCGACGCGGAGGAGGAGGCAGCGGGGGAGGCCGCCCGCGGGGACACGCCCUGCGCCUCCGCGUUCUACGACGCCAACGGGUGCCUCCGCGGCCGGAGGCGCAGGUCCAGGCAGGAGGAGUUCGAGGGGGUCCUCGACGACCUAGAUGAGGAGGAGGAGGAGGAGGAGGACGGGGAGAGUGGGGGGAGGAAGGCGACGGAGCAGGACGAGGAGGAGGGGGUUAGGGUUAACAUCGGCCUCGACCCCACCCUGGAUCGGGAGGAAGAGGAGGACAAGUAUGAUAGAGAGGCCUUUGGUAGAGAGGAGGCUGCUGACCGCGUGUACAUGCACGAUAUAAUGGAUGACGGCAUAAACAUGAGCAUCAACAGUAUAGUCCCUGACCUCCUUGAUGAUUCCAUUGAAGAGGUGUACCGUUUUAAGAAGGAUCCUCGGGCAGAUAUGAGGGCAGCAUCGGCAAGACUCAGAGAAGAUGAUGGUUCUGCUAAAGAUGGUGAUUCUCACUAUGCCUCUCAAGCCAAGGAGUUCCCCAGUGUAGGGGUUCAGACAAAGAAAGCUGUGGAGGAAGUCAAUGUAAAACCUAUACUGAAGAGGAAGGAGGAGCAAGCAGAUUUAAAACCAAGGAAACGUGUCCGGUUUGAUGCUAAUGUUAAGGAUCAUGAGUCAGAUAUGUUUGAACAUGACGAAGAUUCUCCAAUGGUUCCUCAAUCCAUGGAUGUAGUCACUGAGAAGGAGGAGAGCACAUCUACUUUUUCUGCAUCUCCUGGGAUUCCUGACUAUGUAAGGAACCCUUCAAAGUACACGCGUUACACCCUGGAUGUACCAGAGUCUAAUGAUAACUCGAACAGGACGGCUCUUGCUGACCUGCAUGAUCUGUUAGGGAGGUCAGACCCAAACAGGAUACAGUCUGAGACGCCUGUUGAGAUUCCUAGCUCAGUCACAUUCAUCCCUCGCAAGAAGUCAGUGGAUGCCAUGGCAGUGGAUGAGGGUCCCAGAGCUAUUGAUUCCAACUCAUCUGUAAUUGGAAUGGUAGCAGGUGCCUCUGACGAACCUGAUCAAUGUGAGAUGGAUGAAGAUGACAGUAAAUCAUCGUCGACGCCACAGAUGCAUACAAACUCAAAGGCGAGCUCCCGGCGAUACAGGUCAAGUAGAUCAGAUGAUGAUGAGUGAAAUUGAGGAUCCCAGGGUACCUAGCCUGAUGUUUGUUUCUAAGAAAUUUCCAAGUUUCAGAAUACCUUAUGUAAAUCAGGAUAUAUGUGUGUUCUUGUGCUUUGAUCUUGUGAUCUGAGCUAACCAACUAUGUUUAAGUACUUUUCCCCCAUAAUCUUUGUUGUUCUAUAAUUUGUUA